AUGUCGUAUGAGACGUUGGGAAAGUUAUUAGCAAAAUAUGUGCGGGAAAGGGCACUAAGGGCGGAUGAAAAAGCAUAUACGGACAGUUUAUGGAAAGAUAUAAAGACGCUACUCGACGAAUUUGUGGAAUAUAUGCACAAUGAUAACCUAGACAUCUAUGCAGCUAAUUGUUCAAACACGGGUUACAAACGUCCGGGACAGGGAAACACACUGGUCAUAGCUAACGUGGGCGAUAGAAUUAUGUGCACACUCAUGUCACGAGCAUUAUUUUUCAUGAACAGGUGGCGCCCCGGGUCCGCGAGCGCGGACCAGACAGACACUACUAGUGCAGCGUUGAAGGAACAUAUAAGGUGCGCCAUAGUAAAUAUAUUCAUGUACAUAUUGCUGGCAUCUCCAUGCAAAAGUCAAAUGGGUGUAUAUUAUGCAUGGUACACCAUGAAACAGCUGGAAGACGGGCUACGGCCUGGUUUAAUAAACGACGGUAAAUGUGCACAGGGAGUGUUUCAAAACAUAAAAGCGUCAGAGUGGAAUAUGGGCAAGAAAAUUAAGAACUGGUUAGAGAGCAACAAGAGCUUGACUGAAAAAAUUGGAGGCCAGGGUAUAGAAAGCACAUGUACGAAAAAAUUAGCACAACUUGACGGGGCAAGGCAGGACGCAAAUGACAUGGAUGACAAAAUAGAACUGAGGCCAGAGGAGAAAACAGUUAUACAGAAAUUAGGCCAAGAACUGAAGGUCAUAGUUGAGGAGGUAAAGAAAGCCGCAGUGCAAUGCGCGCAGGCAAAUGGAGCAUGCAUGGAGCCUAUCGAAGCUGUCUCCCGUAGCGAUCCUGAGGAUAAUGACACUCAGGCCACAGUAUCGAACUCUGUCGCCGGAGGAACAACAGCAACGGAACCGACAG